ACCGCACAGUUCGUUUCGAGUGUUCGAGGAGAGCGCCAGCAAAACUCCCAUUGAAGCAGCCACAGCACUGCUCCCGGCUCCAACUGCAUCUCAAGUGAACCCCUGAUCUUCGAGUGACAGUGUUUAUUUUUUUUUUGCCAGUGCAAGUGCCAGCAGAAUGCCCUUCCCCAUCCAUCCGCCCAAGCAGAUGCCGUGCCCCCACUGGCAGCAUUUCCCCAUCAGCCCGGUGGACACCAAGGCCAAUCCGUUCGAUUCCAUGGGUGGAGCCGCUGGCGCUGCCAUUAGCUCCGCUGCGGCGAACAAGCCACCGGAGCCAGUUUCCUAUCGCUACUGUCUGCAGUGCAAGGCGAGCGGCAAGGAUGGGGGCAACAGCUCCGACCGGGACUAACCGGGAGGGCAUUGCACCGGACCGACCGACCGGCUGGGCUCACCUUCGAGUCACCCACAAAGCACCAUCAGCCACAACUGCUAACCACAAUCCACCU